UUCGGGAUCGAGUUAUAUCUUGGCCAGGUCCCCGGCAUCAGCAAGAAAUUUUUGAUCACUUUGAGGCCGAAUGUAAAAUACCAGGAAUCAUAGGGAUAAUUGAUGGCAGUCACAUUACUCUUACAAACAUUCCCAAUGGAGAUCAAGACUACAUCAACAGGAAAGGUUAUCCCUCACUCCAGUUGCAAUACCAUAUGUUACUUAUUACAGAUAGCUUUGUUGGAUGGCCAGAGUGUACCCACGAUGCCCGAGUUUUCAGAAACUCUGAUAUCUUUAAUGAGUUGGAAAAUGGAAUUUUAAAUCCACACUUUUUCAUAAUUGGAGGUUCUGCCUACCCACUGAAGCCUUACCUGAUGACCCCUUUCCGUGAUAAUGGAAGGUUAACUGCCCCCAGAGACAUUAUAAUAGAAAGUUAUCAACAUCACGUCAUAAUGUUGAAAGAGCCAUUGGCCUACUAA